CAGGCUGGCCGCUGCGGGACUACACGCCCCAGGGGGGAGCGCGGCCGAGGGCGGCCCCGCGCAUCAACAAAGGGCGGGGCCGAACCGUUACCCGGGAGACGGGGAGGGCGGCUCUCCGCAAAGGCCUCUUCCUCCGCCGCCGUUGCUGCCGGGGCAGAUGGCUUCCGGGGGAGAGCGGCCACAGAGCGUCGACGGCGCCAACCCGGGCAACCCCGUCUUCACGUGCCUGGCGAACGCGCGGGCGCUUGUGACGGGCACGCGCCUGAGCGCGGCAGUCCCGCUGCUGUACAAGACCACGGCGAGCGACUACGGCGCCCUGCGGCCCACCUCGGCCACGGCGCCCUGCCGGUUCUGCCCACUGGAGAGCGCCUUCACCGCCCGCCUGGCCGCCGCCGGGCCGCCGCAGCACAACGGGAUCAACACGGGCGCCGACCAUUCGCCGGUGUAGCCUCCCUCCCUCCCUCCGUCGCCCGCCCCCGCAGGGAGAAGAACGCUAGAGAGGCGAAGGAAGCAGCAGCAGGAGGAGCGGCGGUUUUAUUGGGCCCAGGAAAGCCCCGGGAACGUCCUGAGAGAGGGAUGCUCCAGCCCAAGAGAAGAACAUCCAGUACACAAAAAUCUUCUAAACUUGCCAGAAGAAUUUUUCUAGUUGCCUUGAAUUAUGCGCCGAAUCUUCUCCACAUCUUGUUCUAUAUUUUUAUCCUUAGGCUCGAUCUUGAGAGCGGCCAGAUAAUCUUGAAGGCCUAGGAUAAUUGUUAGCACCCAUAAUUUAUCUUUGAAGCCACACCACAUGUCCUACAGAUAUGCUAUAUAUAUGUAACAGCAUUAACAGCCUUCCUCAAAAUAGCUAUACACCCAGACUAAACUAGAACAAUACAACUGACAGGAAGAGCCUGAGAAGAGAUGAAGAAAGGAAUGGCUACAUUAUACAAGACUGAUGCAGGAAAGCAGCUGAUUCUUAAGUUCUUAAUGAAGUUUAGCAGGCAACAGAUUCACGCAGGACUAAGCUUAGAAAAAGAAAGGAUUUGGAGUUUGACAGAGGAACAGAUGUUCUGAGCCUAGAAAAUAAAUCCCCCGCCCCCAAUUUCCCACAAACUGAAAUAUUUUACGUAAAUAAUAUUUUUAGUACAGUAGCUCAUUUCUACUAGUUUCAAGAAACACUGCGAUUAAACCUACAUAAUCCUUUUUGUAAGGAGAAAAUGACAGCAAUAUAAUGGAACAAAAAUAAAUAAAAGUAGAGGCAUUUUACCUUUUAAA